UUGCCGCGCCUUAAACGAAGAAAGGAAAGACAUUUUAGUUCACCUAACGUUCCGACACCUAACCAAAAAUGAGGGAAAUUGUGCAUCUCCAGGCCGGACAGUGCGGUAACCAGAUUGGUGCCAAGUUCUGGGAAGUCAUCAGUGACGAGCAUGGCAUCGACCCAACUGGAACUUACCACGGCGACAGUGAUCUCCAGCUGGACAGGAUUAAUGUCUACUACAACGAAGCCUCAGGUGGCAAAUACGUGCCCCGUGCUGUGCUGGUGGACUUGGAGCCUGGAACCAUGGACUCUGUGAGGUCAGGACCUUUCGGACAGGUCUUUAGGCCAGACAACUUUGUCUUCGGUCAGAGUGGUGCGGGAAACAACUGGGCCAAGGGCCACUACACAGAAGGAGCUGAGCUGGUGGACUCCGUGCUGGAUGUGGUGAGGAAAGAGGCCGAGAGCUGCGACUGCCUUCAGGGCUUCCAGCUCACCCACUCCCUGGGCGGCGGUACCGGCUCCGGCAUGGGCACCCUGCUCAUCAGCAAGAUCCGUGAGGAGUACCCCGACCGUAUCAUGAACACCUUCAGCGUUGUGCCCUCCCCCAAAGUGUCGGACACAGUCGUCGAGCCCUACAACGCCACACUGUCCGUGCACCAGCUCGUAGAAAACACAGAUGAGACCUACUGCAUCGACAACGAAGCACUGUACGACAUCUGCUUCCGCACCCUCAAACUCACAACUCCCUCAUACGGUGACCUCAACCACCUGGUCUCCGCCACCAUGAGCGGUGUCACCACCUGCCUCAGGUUCCCCGGACAGCUGAACGCCGACCUCCGCAAACUGGCCGUCAACAUGGUUCCCUUCCCCCGUCUGCACUUCUUCAUGCCCGGCUUCGCUCCCCUCACCAGCAGGGGCAGCCAGCAGUACCGCUCCCUCACCGUGCCCGAGCUGACCCAGCAGAUGUUCGACGCCAAGAACAUGAUGGCUGCCUGCGACCCCCGCCAUGGCCGCUACCUCACAGUCGCCGCCAUCUUCCGUGGUCGCAUGUCCAUGAAGGAAGUGGACGAGCAGAUGCUCAACGUGCAGAACAAGAACAGCAGCUACUUCGUGGAAUGGAUCCCCAACAACGUCAAGACCGCCGUCUGCGACAUUCCCCCACGUGGCCUCAAGAUGGCCGCCACCUUCAUCGGCAACAGCACCGCCAUCCAGGAGCUCUUCAAGCGCAUCUCCGAGCAGUUCACCGCCAUGUUCCGUCGCAAGGCUUUCCUCCACUGGUACACGGGAGAGGGCAUGGACGAGAUGGAGUUCACCGAGGCCGAGAGCAACAUGAACGACCUGGUGUCCGAGUACCAGCAGUACCAGGACGCCACCGCAGAGGAGGAGGGCGAGUUCGAGGAAGAGGAGGGCGAUGCUGAGCUGGCCUAAAUGUUCUCUGUGUAUAUAUGUUGUCGUCUACCCCAGGCUGUACAAUUCACUGACCUGUCGAUUCCUUUCCAAAGUCCAGUAUUUGUUCUGUUUUUAUUUUUGUCUCUUGCUUUUCUCAUUCCUGUCUGUACAGAAACAAGUCAUUAAAUAAGGUUUUCUUA